AUGAAGUCGUCCGACAUAUUCCACGCGUAUCGCUACACGCCCAUCAUCUUCAAGAGCCGGCAGCACGACAGCGGCGUCAAUCAGUAUGGCCUCAAGCCGACCAACUCGUACGAUUUCAUCAACCCAACGAACCUCGUAAACUUUGGUCGCGGCACGGCGUUUGACAACCUCGGCGUGCGGCGCGCCGGCCGCGGUGAGAUCGACUCGUCGCCGUCGCUUGGCGGGUCGCCGGUAUUCACACAGGCAAAACUUGUAGGCCUGGGGGGUGAGGAUCAGCUUACCAUGUGCCAGACAGAGACCAUGGCGCUGCGGGUGUGCAUGGCGAAGGGUGGACAGAGCGCGUGUGAGCGCGAGAGCCGUGCACUUGAUACCUGUUUGUCGCAAGUCGGGCACCUGCGACGUGCAAUGAGUGCGGCGUGUUGGGAGUUCAAUGACUGGUUUAUUCAGAACGUCUCGGACAACCACACCAAGCCAUUCCAGCACCGUCCGCAUGACUGGCGGCACUUUUAUGCGCAGGAGAAGCUGGUGCGGACGCGUCAGCAGAACGGCCACGCGUACGGCCGCCGGCCCAAACAGUUUUCAUUCGGCGCGCGUUACGUCAAGACGGAAGGGUACGGCAAGCGUCCACGCCUGCCGUACAACAAGUGA